GUUGAGGAAAUUGUCAGUGUGAAUUCUAGUAAAAUGUGAUUGACGCUGCACCGAAAUUUACAGUGUUGUGUGUAGCUGUGUCAUAUAUCAGUGACAUGGAUGGGCAGGUGUGUGUCGAAGAAGCUAAAGCAGAUAUCACUGAUUUAAAGCAUGUUCUUGCUGUUUCGGAAAGUGAAAAUAAAAGUUUAAAGAAGGAGCAGACGUUUGCAAGUGGUCGUAUAAGUGUGCAGCAUAGGGAGUCCUAUUCUAUUCUCACAAAGUUAAUUGACAAAAACCAGAAACGCUUGUUACGUUUAACUGAAUUAGAAGACACGCUUACCAAGCAACUGUUGAAGGUUUGUGCCGAAUUGACAGCAGUGAACGACGAUAUAUCAAAAAUUGAACUGAAUAAUGAACAUAAAAAGCACCGUGCCAAAUCGCAACUUUCGAAAUUUGGGACACCUUACUUUAGACACAAGGAAUCUAGACCUGCCGAUAACUCUGAUGUUUUGUUGUUACGGCAGAUUGGUGAUAUAGGAUAUGUCGAUUUGCCAAAACCACAAAGUUGGCUAGAAUCUGAAAAGAAAUGUUUAGUCAAGGCCAUUGAAACUGAAGAACGAAACCGGCAAAUGAAGGAUAUCGAAAUAGAAAAACUUAAAAUUAAGAAGAAAAUGCAGACUUGUGAUGAAAGUGAGCGACUGGAGCUUCAGUCAGAACUUGACAGAUUAAAGGAACAGUCUUGUGUAAUGAAAUGUACGGGAGGUAUUCAAUUGUUUCAGAACAGCCCUUGUAAAUAUGAUUGGUUUAAAAUCUCGAUUGUAGAUUUGAAAGGCAAGCAUAGCCCACAGGAAUGUCAAGCGAUGUGGACGCAUUAUCUUCAUCCAGCCGUUAACAAAGGUCGUUGGAAGAAAGAAGAAGACGAGGCAUUGAAAAUUCUUGUGAAGAAAUAUGCAUUUAGCAACUGGGAUACAAUUGCAUUGGAGCUUAAUACAAGCCGUUCAGCAUUUCAGUGUAUGUGCCAUUUUCAGAACAGACUUAACCCACUGUUAAUGAGAAACAUGUGGGACGAAAAUGAUGAUUAUACACUCACAGUACUCAUUAAGUCUUUCAGGAAAGGAGAUUAUAUACCAUGGAAAAAAAUUGCGUAUUGUUUUAGCAAUUGCUCAGUUUCAAAUGUUGUAUCACGUUGGAAAACCAUAAACCCUGACGCAGUUAAAGGAAAAUUUUCAGAAGCAGAGGACGUGGUUCUCGUUGCGGCUGUCAGGAAGUUUGGUAAAGAUUUUAAAAAAAUAUCAGACCAUUUUCCAGGACGAACAAGUGCGCAGCUGCAGGAGCGGUACAAAUCUUUUUUAAAAAAUGAGCGUGAUGCGCAGCCUUGGUCGCCAGAUGAAGACAGGCUGAUCUGGGAGAAAGUUAAAGAAUUUGGACACAACUUUUCUCAUAUUGCAACAUUCUUAAUGAACCGUAAUCGAACUCAGAUAAGACAUCGGUAUUACAGGAUGCUGGACUGGCUGAAGAAACAUCCAGGUGAAGAGUAUCCUGCAUGCAGGAGUGGUCAAUUCAAAAUAGCUGAAGGACCAGAUGAACUUUGGAAAAAGGUUGUGAAUGUUAUGAAGGACAAAAAAGUGAAAUUUAGUGAAGUCAAUGGUGAUGCACUUAUGGACGAUGACAGUUUUUCAAGCCUCAAAAGCAAGUUGAAAUUAAGGAAAAGGUCUGGGGUAAGACCUGGCCACCAGAGGACGUUUCAUGAUGUUGAUUUAGAACUUGCCAAUUAUUUCUGUUGUGUUUAUCCACAGAGUGGAGGGAGGCAUAAAAUCAAUUACACCAAUGAGGAAAUUGAUACACAUGCUCGUGCCACAUCAAAAUUCUUAGAAUUUUUGUGUGCAGAUUUGAAAAGUGUGCCUGACAGUGAAAUUGAGAAUGACCAAAUGCUUUCCAGGUUAGACAAGUUGGUGCUGAAGAGAAUGAAUGUCAAUGAAGAUGAGAAUUCUUCAGCUAGGCAAGGAUCUGCUGGUGCUAGUGUAAGUGCAGAAAGAACUGAGAAUGAUUCAGAAAAUUGUGCUUUAAGUGCAUGUAGGAUAUGUAACAUUAAACAUGGUGAAAGAUCUUACAUUAAUGUCUGGCAUAAUGCAGUACCUCCGAACCAGACCUCACUCAUAGGAAUUCGUUCUAUUAUGUUGUGGCGCAAUGUUUUGCAAGCUAUGAUUUCUCCACCUACAAUUAAGACUGAGGAUACAUUUGAGGAAUGUGAUCAGCAUGAGAGAAUUCAAGUGAGUGAAGGAAGUUGUAGAGCAGACGCAGAUGAAGAGUGUAGUGAGUGUAUAAAGGAGGCGAAAGCUAUAUUUGAAAAACAUUCAGGUAUUUGGAAAUCUCGUUUUCAGUCUGUUUUUGCAUGGGCAGCUUUAUGUAGUGAGUUUGCUCCUAUGUCAGAAGAUACAUGCUGCCUGGAUGCUGAAUUUAGUGAAAUAAGUCUUGGCAACAAGGGUGAGUUAAUGGACGAUUUGGAGACUACAGAGUCUAAUGUAAAUGUAGGAAGGAAACAAAAGAAAAAGAUAAAAGUGAAAUGAUCAUUGUUUUGUUAGAUGUCAGCCAGGUGCACUAAGUUCAGAGAAACAAUGCUGUUGUGAGAACAUGAGUAACGUAACAUGUUUUAUAUGUGUAAAUAUUACUGUGUUGGUUUUGUUUGCAUUAAGUCUUUCCAAAGCUAAUGUCACAUCAGUCUGAAAAUCCAAUUAUAUAACUUGAAAAGAUAUGUGUGUCAUACAUUUACCUCUCCAGAAGACAGUUCAUGCAAGUGUUUCAUGCAUUGAGAUGAUUUGAAUGUAAAAAAUGCAUUUGUUUCUUCAUUUGUUGUGAUGCUUUCAUGUUCUCUUCUGCUUUUUUUCCCAUCAUAUUGUUCUUAGCCACCAAAUUUCCUUGACAUUGCUUAUCUAGUUUGAGUGUACAUGCAAGACACAGAUUAAUGACCAGAUGUAUGUAUUUAAAUGUGAGCUAUAUGUGGAUACUGGAAAUAUUGGAUAGAACCUCAUAUGUAACAAAGGAAAAGUUGUUUGUUUAUAGAUGGCUCAUUAAAACGUUGUUUUAGUAUUA